AUGAGCUCGAAGAGUGCGGCGGCGAUCUUGCAGCGACAGUUCAAGGACCUUACCGACCCCAAAAAGGGGAUCCCGCUGUUCCACAUCGAGUUGGACGACGACAACAUUUUCUUGUGGAACAUCGGCAUCAUGGUGCUCAACAAAGAGUCGAUGUACCACGGCGGCUACUUCAAGGGUCAGAUGCGCUUCCCCACCGACUUCCCGUUCUCGCCCCCGACGUUCCGGUUCACCCCCGCCAUCUACCACCCCAACAUCUACCGCGAUGGCCGCCUUUGCAUCCUGAUUUUGCACCAGGGAGGCGACCCCACCCUGGACGAGCCCGACUCGGAAACGUGGACCCCGGCCCAGACGGUCGAGCUGGUCCUCAUCCUGAUCAUCUCGUUGCUCGAGGACCCUAACGUGUCGUCGCCGGCCAACAUCGACGCCAGCGUCGAGUUGCGCAAGAACCCCGACGCCUACAAAAAGAAGGUGUUGCAAGAAGUCGAACGCCUGAAGCAAGAUAUCCCCGAAGACUUCAUCAUGCCCGAGCUGGAACUCCACGCCUACGCCAACAACACCGACGGCAGCAAGGAGCACGACCCCGUCGACGAGGACUUCUGGUACGACUCCGAGGAGGAGCUGUUCGACGAGGAAAGCCUCAUGGACGACGUCGACGACGCCGGUGAAGACGACGAGGAGGAGGAAGAAGAAGACGAGGACGUCGAAAUGACGAAGUAA